UCUUUCGGUAGUAUAUGUGCUUGCUAGACACAUAGACAGAGAGGGACAGAGAGAGAGAGACAGAGAGAGGGAGGUAUAUAUACAUAUAUAUAUACACGCACACACGUGCAUUUCACAUAUGCACAUAUACACAUAACACACAUACAUACACACACCCCUAUAUAUAUAUAUAUAUACAUAUAUAUAUAUAUAUACAUAUACAUACACACACACACACAUACCCGCGAUAUAUACGUGGCAGUGUCAACGCUCUUGUCAAUAGCCAGUGUGUUCUUGUACGUGUCGGAAAGAUAAUCUAAUAUGUGUGGUAUUUUUGCCUACCUCAACUAUUUGACUCCUGUCACUCGUAAACAGAUUUUGAAUACCCUAAUAACAGGUUUGAAGCGUCUGGAAUAUAGAGGGUAUGAUUCAGCAGGUGUUGCUUAUGAAAUUGAAGGAAAAGAAUCAGAGAAAGGGUCUAUUACUAUCAUUAAGAAACCUGGAAAAGUUGCAGCUCUUGAGGAGGAAAUAAAUUCCACACCUGUAGAUUUUGAUGCAGUGUCUACCUGUCAUAUUGGUAUUUCUCAUACACGUUGGGCAACACAUGGCGAGCCAAAUUCCACAAACAGCCAUCCUCAGAGAUCUGGGCUGAAUAAUGAAUUCAUUUGUGUCCAUAAUGGAAUUAUCACAAACUACAAAGAUUUAAAAUCCUUUUUGGAAAGUAAAGGUUUUGAUUUUGAAUCCGAAACUGAUACUGAAACCAUUGCUAAGCUUGUCAAACAUCUCUAUGACAAACACAAGGAAAACAAGCUUACAUUUAGGGAAUUGAUUGAAAUGACUUGUCAACAACUCGAGGGAGCCUAUGCUUUGGCUUUUAUGAGCACAAACUAUCCAGGAGAAUGUGUCGUAACACGACGUGGAAGUCCUUUACUGAUAGGAAUCAAAAGUAACUCUAAAUUAACAACAGACAACAUUCCUGUUUUGUAUAGCAAAGACCACAGAGGUUAUGUAGAACCAGUCCAAAGACCCACUGAUGGUACGACUGAAUUUCACCCUUCUGGACCAAAUACUGAAGUUGAAUAUUUUUUUGCUUCUGAUGCCAGUGCCAUAAUUGAACACACCAACAAAGUGAUCUUCCUUGAGGAUGAUGAUGUAGCUGCAGUUACUAAUGGUUGUUUAACUAUUCAUCGUAUUAAGCGCAACUUGGAUGAUAACAAGGUCCGAGAAGUGAUAACUUUGAAGAUGGAAAUUCAAGAAAUCAUGAAAGGUAAUUUCUCCUCUUUCAUGCAAAAGGAAAUCUUUGAACAACCAGAAUCUGUAGUCAACACAAUGAGAGGAAGACUUAAUUUUGAAACCAAUCAAGUAAUACUUGGAGGUAUCCAAGAUUUCAUGACAGAGAUACGACGUUGCCGCCGUCUCCUAUUCAUUGCAUGUGGAACAAGUUACCAUAGUGCCUUAGCAACACGUCAGCUUUUGGAAGAACUUACUGAACAACCAGUUAUGGUAGAAUUAGCCAGUGAUUUUCUAGACAGAAGCACACCUAUCUUCAGAGAUGAUGUCUGUUUUUUCAUUAGCCAAUCAGGUGAAACUGCUGAUACACUAAUGGCUCUACGUUACUGCAAAAAGAGAGGUUCCUUAAUUGUCGGUAUCACUAACACUGUUGGAAGUAGUAUUUGCAGAGAAUCUAAUUGUGGUGUUCACAUAAACGCUGGUCCUGAAAUUGGUGUAGCAAGCACAAAGGCUUACACUAGCCAAUUUAUUGCAUUAGUUAUGUUUGGUUUGAUGAUGUGCGAAGACCGAAUUUCAAUGCAAGAGCGAAGAAAAGAAAUUAUUCAAGGACUCAAAAAACUUCCUGAGGAUAUAAACGCAGUACUUAAAUUAAAUGAUGAAAUUCAUUCAUUAGCCCAAGAACUCUACCAACAGAAAUCCCUUCUUGUCAUGGGACGUGGUUACAAUUUCUCUACUUGUUUGGAAGGAGCUUUGAAAAUCAAAGAAUUGACUUAUAUGCAUUCAGAAGGUAUAAUGGCUGGUGAACUGAAACAUGGUCCUUUGGCACUUGUUGAUAAAGCAAUGCCUGUCAUGAUGAUUGUAACUAGAGAUAAAGUCUAUUCCAAAUGCAUGAACGCUCUACAGCAAGUAAAGGCACGACAUGGUGAUUUGAUUGUUAUUUGCAACUCUGGUGACACAGAAACCCAAAGUCAGGUGAAGAAGUUCAUUGCUGUACCACAUACAAUCGACUGCUUACAAGGAAUUCUUACUAUAAUUCCCUUACAGCUUCUUUCCUUACAUAUUGCUGAAAAACGUAACUGUGAUGUUGACUGCCCCCGGAACCUAGCAAAGAGUGUUACAGUGGAGUAAAUGAUGCCUCAGAGACCAAUACUGACCAGCCACGACACUUACUGAAGAGCUACACACACUAAAGGCUUUAACAGAAAUGAGCUUUUUUCUUUUUUUAUCUUGUUAAAGGAACUCCUCUAACCUAACAUCUAGUAAUUCUUGAUCGGCUUACUGCCCCAUAUAUAUAUAUAUGUAUUCCAGAUAUGGACAAAUUAUUUUUUUGCUAUGAGUUUACAUCUAACCAGUUCUCAAAUUCGGUAAUUCAUUAAACCUUGGAAUUUAUAUUGGUUUUUUUUUUUUUUCUGUCUUUUAGAAAAAAAGGGAAGGAUAGGAAUUUAUUAUCAUCAGUGUAGCUUUUGGAUGCAGAGCUUGAUUUCUUUGGCUAUUAUGUGGCUCACUGUUCUCUUGUGCAGAUGUUUUCAUCCAAUAGUAAAGUGAAAAAUUCUUUAACACUUUACUUGAUUUCAGAUGUCAAAUGAAUAACCUUGUUUUUCUGUUUCCAAACUUAUGGACGUUAAACACUAAUGAGAAGCUCUUAUAACGUUAGUCUUUAUUUUUUUACCAGGUGAGAGUGUACAUGGUUGCUUGAUAGCUUAGAAAUAGCAGCCAAACCUCCGUUGUGUCACCAAUGCAAUGACGUGAAACACAUUUUGACAGAUAAACAUGAGACAUGUAACCUUGUGUAUGGUCGCUUGACUUGCUAGAAAUAGCAGUUAAAUCUCCUUCAAAUCCCACUACUGUCUUACAGAAAGGACACAUUAAAUAAUGUAGUCCUACAUGCUCUGUUUCAAUAAAACAUAGGUCACAACUAGAAUGCCUUUUACCCACUGGCUUCCUUGAUAAAGGUUGACUUGGGAUGACUAAACAACUGUCAAAGUCAAAAUAUAUGGAAAUGGUACAUACUGUUGCUCAUGGUAUCCUAUCAAGGGUUUUGUGUUUUUUUUAUUCAUUUCUUUAUUACUUACCCACAAGCAUAAAAAUUGACUAAAAUAAAAGGAAAAAAAAAACUUUUUUCCCCUCCCCUCAAAGUUUGAUUUGGUUUCUACUCAUAUGUGAGUAUGGUUUCCAUAUUCACAUACAUCUUAUAAAAUAUGGUUCUGUAACUACAAAUUUUUUUCUUCAUAGCUAAUGGUGACCUCUUACUUCUUUUCAAAUGUGCGUUAACUUUAAACCUAUACACAUCAAUGUUUUCAGUACCUUUUAAAUGUUUUUGUAUCAAGAAAUAUAAAUAUAUAUAAUGUGAUUUAAUUUAGGGGACCAAAGUGAAUACAUUAAAUUACUAAGACUUACCUUAGUUAUAUACUGAAUAUAUAUACAUAUAUAUACCUUAAACUACUGUAUACUAUUUAAUUUAUUAUUUUGGAUGCAAAGUGGAGUUUGAAUUGGUUAUAUACAAUACAUACAAUCACAUGUCUACAUUGUCAACUGUUAAAUAUUUUUGUGUGUGGAUAAUUAAUUUCUUUUGACUUAUACUAAACUGUUGAUAACUGCUUUCUGUUAAAACUGUUUUAUGGUUUAUGUGUGUUUCUUUGUAACAGUUGGUUUUAUUUAAUUGUCUAUAUUUGUUUUUUGUUGAAAUUUUUAUUUUUAUCUUGAAUGUUGCUCGUCAACCUUCACAAACUUCAAUCAAGUAAAUUAUUUACUCACACAUAUUUCCACAUGGGUCAUAUAACAUAUCUGCUAAAAUUCGGCUUCAAUUUUGGUUUUGUUUGUUUUUUUAUUUUUUGUAUCCCUCUGUCCAUUUUAUCAAUCUAUCAUAGUUUCAUUUCAUGCAAUUUGACUAAAUUUGGAACCAUACUUUUGUAAAUAAUUUCCUAUUUGAAUUUGUGAUGGUAUAAAAGCAUACAUUUACUUUUGAGGAUUUUUCUUUUAUUUACAAAAAGAAAAGACAAUUUCUAUAUGAUUCCAUCCUGAAGUAACGCAAUGAUCUAUAUAUAAUGAAUAAAAUUUAUUGAUAGAAAA